AUGACGUCCUACGACCGCGCCCUCGCGCGCAUCGACGAUGCGCACAGAGACGACUCGAACACAAUUACCAUCGCCGAUACCACAAUCCCCUACGAGCUCCACUACGCCCAAAAAAUGACAUUCUACCUCGAACGACUCAACCCGUCUGCCUCCGAGCUUCUCCGCCUCGCUAUUCGCGCCCAGCACCUCCGCCGCUGGGAGGUCCCGCGCAGCUCUUACCCCGCCACCAAGAUCGGGUAUCACUCCUGGCGCGCGGGACAGCAGCGACGACAGGCUGAUUUGGUAAAGGAGAUUUGUGUUGAGAGUGGAUAUGGAGAAGAGGAGGCGGACCGUGUUGCAGCCCUGGUGCGCAAGACGGGCUUGAAAGCUGGGGACCCGGAUACGCAGACAUUGGAGGAUGUGGCUUGUCUGGUUUUUCUGGAUGACCACUUUGAUAAGUUUGAGAAGGACCUUGAUGAUGAGGAGAAGACGAUCGAUAUCCUUCGCAAGACUUGGGGCAAGAUGUCUCCCGCUGGUCGCGAGGAGGCUCUCAAGAUCCAGCUGUCGGAGCGGGCGAAGACACUGGUUCAGAAGGCACUGGCGAGGUGA